UUGACAACUGCCCGUCCAGAAACUUUAUUUCGGGCUUAUUUUGAGUGGAGUCAGUUCCCUCGCUCUGUGAGUUAGCAUCCCCCGCCGCAACCGCCUAAGGCCGUAGCUUUUAGAGUCGACCAGUAUUCGCAGUAUACCCAAGUGCCACUAAUCUAAUUUAUCCUUUCGCGUCAGAUAUUUAAUUAACUCCCGCCUCACGUCGAAAAUUACCAGUUUUUCUAGGGAACUGUCAGUUUCCGAGCUAUAUUAAUUCGCCCUUUUGAAUCGUACCUUUUUUCGGUGUCCAACUCGGAUUUUUCUUCGUCCAUGUGCGAUCCUCGAACUCGACACAAAAUCAACCCUAAUCGCGUCAGUUAUAUUUUUAACGUUCUUAAAGUUCAAAGAAAAUCGGAAUAGAAGUUGAUUUGAAUAGUGUUGGUGUGUUCCUCGCGGAAGACUUUGAUACGAUAUUGAAUGAACUAAACCUGCGAAAUAUUUCCGGACGUAAAUAUGAUAAAAUUUCAAGUUUCUAGUUUUUCAAAUGGUACAGCCAGAUUUUUGCUUGGAGUUGUAUUUUGAGUGCUCAUGAAUGGAUUCCUUUUCAACGCAGAAAGGAUUUCUCUGACCAGCACGAGGCUCAAAAAGACUUGAUAGUAUCCCUUAAAAAGACUUUUACCGGAAAGAAAGUGGUCUCAUUCCUGUCUUAUAAUACUGUCUUCCCGCCACAAAAAAGUAUUAUGGUGAAUUUUUUUCAACGCAAGGCCUUAACACUGCAGAAAGAACUAAAUGGCACCAGAAAUCAUGACAAUAAAUACGAAAAUCCGAUUGCCUUUCUUAUUUUUACUGGAACUUAUCUUAAAAUAAUUCUCUGCUCAGCAUGAAAGGAGCAGAGUGGUCACUAUUUUAUAUUUAAUCAAAUUUAUCUGUCCUAUUCUCACUAAAGUUGCAUCCUGUCGAUCAAAAAUUAACUCUAGUCAGCAAGACAGGUAUUCUUCAAAAGUAAAAUUUUCUACAAAUUUGACCGGUUUUUCUCAGUUUUAAAACCAUGGCAAAUACAGCUCAUCUUGUUCGACGGCAAAGCUCUCGUGACUUGAAUCCUCAGCGCUCAUUGGACAGACUUGAGUUGAAGGAAAUGAGGACUCGUCUUGUGGAUAAGGUGGAAAAUGGUACCGUCUCACCACUAGUGACACGUAGCUAUGGUACAACAAAUAUUGCCUUCGAUGACAGCAGCCCCAAUUCAAAUGCAAUUUUAAAGCCAACUGUUCCAACUGAUCUGAAAGGAAGUGUGGAAGGUAAAGCAAUCUUCCGUCCAGACUCAAAUGAAGAAGAACGAGAAUCUUGGGAUAGCAAACUCACUUUCCUCCUGGCCACCGUCGGCUAUGCUGUUGGUUUAGGCAAUGUCUGGCGAUUUCCUUAUCUAGCCCAAAAAAAUGGAGGAGGAGUUUUUUUAAUCCCAUACUUUGUGAUGUUAGCAAUAGAGGGGAUUCCUAUUUUCUACCUUGAGCUAGCUAUCGGACAACGACUGCGGAAAGGCGCCAUUGGAGUGUGGAAUCAAGUCUCGCCCUACCUAGGUGGGAUCGGUAUCAGCAGUGCAGUUGUGUCUUUCAAUGUUGCUCUCUACUACAAUACGAUUAUAGCUUGGUGUCUGUUCUACUUUGUUCAGAGUUUCCAGUCAAAAUUGCCGUGGUCAGAAUGUCCUAACAGAUUUCUUCCAAACGGGACGUACUACCCAGAACCUGAAUGUGUUACAAGUACUCCAACACAAUAUUUUUGGUACCGUACCACACUGCAGAUAUCAGAGGACAUCAACACACCCUCCACAUUCAAUUGGAAGAUUGCUCUGUCAUUAGUCAUUGCAUGGGUACUCGUGUACCUUUGCAUGAUCAAAGGAAUUGCAAAUUCAACCAAGAUUGUUUACGUAACAGCCAUUUUUCCGUAUGUUGUUCUCAUUAUCUAUUUCUUCAGAGGCAUCACCUUGCAUGGCUGUAUGGAUGGAAUUUGGCAUCUGUUUUCUCCCAAGUGGAGCAAACUAGCUGAUCCAGUUGUUUGGCUUGAAGCUGGAACGCAAAUAUUUUUUUCUCUUGGGCUUGCAUUUGGUGGACUGAUCGCCUUCUCUUCAUAUAAUCCAGUCAACAAUAAUUGCUACCGAGAUGCAAUCACUGUUUCUCUCACUAAUUGCUUCACAUCCAUGUUUGCUGGAGUUGUUGUCUUCUCAAUAAUUGGUUUCAAAGCAACCAUGUCGUAUGAGAAAUGUCUAGAGGAAAGAAAUGCAACUCUAUAUGCUGUAUUUGGUCAUGCCUCAAUUUAUCUGGAUCCAAACAAUUUACCUGCUGAAAGAUCGCGGGUUUCAAUUCCCAGUAGUACUGAGUACGCCAUCAUGCCAGAACUGCCCGAGUGCAAUCUUCAGAAAGAGCUUGACAAUACGGCAUCAGGUACGGGUCUUGCUUUUAUAAUUUUCACCGAAGCCAUCAACCAGUUCCCUGCUGCACAAGUGUGGGCCAUCCUCUUCUUCCUCAUGCUUUUCACUCUUGGAAUAGAUUCUCAGUUUGGAACCUUAGAGGGCGUCAUCACAUCAAUAACAGACAUGAAGUUGUUCCCGAAUUUGCCCAAACAAUAUGUCACAGGAGGGCUGUGCUGCAUGUGUGCUGUUCUUGCCAUGUCAUUUGCUCAUGGAGCGGGCAACUAUGUGUUUAUUCUAUUUGACAGUUUCAGUGGAAAUUUUCCUCUUUUAAUAAUAGCCUUCUUCGAAUGCAUUGCUGUUGCCUAUGUUUAUGGGCUAAAAAGGUUCGCAGAUGACAUUGAAUUAAUGACUGGUUCUCGACCAGGCCUCUAUUGGAUGAUCUGUUGGAAAUACAUAUCUCCAUGUGCCAUGAUUUUGAUUCUCAGUGCGAGCUUUGUUCAGAUCGCAACUGAGGGCGGUGGUUAUCCUGCCUGGGUUGCGUCAAAAGGCAUAACUGAGCGGCAUGAGUGGCCAACCUGGUGCAUAUAUCUAAUACUGUUUCUAAUUCUCAUCUCAGUUAUUUGGAUCCCCCUUGUUGCCAUUCUCAGAGCGUUUGAAAUAGUACUCAUUGAUGACACAGAAAAGGCGUGGUUCCCAGCGAAGGACUUGAAGGAGUUCCAUGGGAUUGUUGAGCAUUCAGUGACUCCAGCAGAGACGCUUCUAUUCUGUAUCCGGGACGAUGGCACAGAAGGACUGUGCUGUCCAACAUCAACAGUUGAAAUGGAAGACGAAGAGGAUGACGAUGACAAAUAAAAAUUGAACUUAUUCAGAUUUUUAUACCAAUGGCAUUCCUCCUCCAAGAUCAGGACACUCAGUCAAAGUAUUUGUUUUGAUGUUUUGAAACCAAUCUUAACUCUUGGGAUGCUAUGUAACAUAUGGAAUCAUUUUUAGAGUUCUACUUAUUUUCAAACGAGUUUGUCUUCAGUUCUUGUAGAUCUUUUUGCUGUUAAGGAGCUCUAGUCCUUAAAGUUUUUGUUGAAAGGAAAGGAUGGAUAUUAAGUCACGCUCCUAUCUCCUUAUCAAUUGCACAAAUGCAGAGCUCUAAGUUUCAGCAAGUCCUUCAAAGCAUGCUGUCUUAGAUGUAAAAACAGCAUUCCUCUUCCUCCUCUUUCUCUUUUUUUACUACGGUUCGUGAGUUGUUCCAUGUUUUUGUGUAUGUCUUGUUAUCAGCUUUUGCGUAAAAUUACUCAAUUGUUAUCUCAAUUAUCUUUCCUGAGCUAUACUCCUGACAAUGUCUGCAAAAAAAUCUGAUGGAUGAGGUUAACACCUCUGAUGUUUGUUCCACUUUGAGUUUUAGACUUUUAGAAGGGAAAAUGAUGUUAUAGCCAUUAAUACCAACUGCGGUCAAUUGAAGUAGAGGUAUAUUUUGGACUACUAAUCAUUUCGAGAAAUAGGCUGAAAUAUUUAAAAAUUGUUUGGCUUUAUACAAAUAACUAGGAAGUGGUAGGUGUGGUAGCCUCGUUGCUGCAAAAUAAAAUUACCAAGUCCUCUAGAAAAUUUGUAUGAUAUCCUCAACCCUGUAUAUAAUUCAAACUGUUGCAUUUGUCAUUUCAUCUUCUGGUCCUUAUUAUCUUGGCACAUUACCAGGAAAUCCGUGGAAACCUCAUCUUUUGUUUUUAAAAAAAUUAUAACAGAAUUGUUUUGUCUUGCUAAGAAUUUAAUGAUGUUGAAUUUUGAUUUUUAUCCAGCUAGUAAUGCCGAACAAAGCUUACCAAAAAUCUGCGGAAGUUUUAAAUAAUCUCAUAAUUUUUUUUCACUAAUGGUAAUUUUAUCUAAUGGGACGUUAAAAGUAAAUGUGUUAUCUCCUCUCUUAAUUUAUCAUGUCGUGUAUGAUUUUUCAUUCAUUUUUAACCCAUUUGCAAACUUAGACAAGUAUUCUUGUUAGCACUGUCCCAGAACAAUUGUGCAUAGACAAGUCAACCUGCACAGUUUCUAGAUGAUUAUUCAUACACAUAGUGUGUACUUGCCAUUGUGAACCUAUAAAAAUUGUGCAUUGACGAGUUUUCUUGUGUGCUUGACAGGCUAUUUUUUUCCUUGUUUUUUUCCAAUUGCCUGCUGGAUAGCACCAUGGAUAUUGUUCUAAAAAGUUCAAGAAUUUCCUGUUGCCCUCCUGGUUGCCCAAACUGCUAGGCAAGAAAACGCUAAUACACAAAUGGGUCAAGAAGGAAUUAAAUUUCAUUUUAGUGCGAGUGGGAAAGUUUAUUUGUUCCUACACAGCAUUUCUAAUAGUAUUAUCUCAAAGACAAUAACAGUUCUUUAUUUUUUUUUCUUUUUUUAAUUUAGCAUUGGUUGGAAGUGUUUUCUAGGCUGUGGUUUUAAGUUUAACCGUAUGAUUUUUAUACUUGCUGCAAAUCUUUCCUCAAUUUCAGGCUUCUUAUGCAAGUAUGUACCAUGUAACCUAGUCAAGGUCGCUUGUACGGUGACCAUAAGUUUUUGUUCAUAGCUCAGAUAAUUAAUGUACGGUAUUUGAUGGAAGUUUGUAAUGUACCCAAUCUCUUGGGAUUUGAUGGGAGUUUGUAAUGUACCCAAUUUCAUUAAUGUAAGUCACUCACAGCAUUAUGAAAUUAUCAAUCAUAUCAUUCCACCAUAUCAGUUUCUCUCAACUUCAGAAGAAAUUAUGUUUGUUACCUCAACCAAUUAUAUGAUCAGAAUUUUAGAGAGCAUUCUGUCAGAUACUUUUAUAAGAUGGUCCCUGCAAUAACCAGUCUGGAAUCGUAUGUUUGCUCAAACCAAACAACGAAUGAAAAUCCUUAAAAAUCGGGUAAUGAUUACUUACCUUAAUUUUGGAUGAUAUGAAUUCACGACUUUUCAGCUGUUGUCAAUAGUCUUUUACGGGGUAAAGUCGCUGAAGUGAGUUCCCUCGGGUUGUUUUUUCCUUGCCGCAAACUCUUGUUUUUAAGUUCUAAAUGUAUUGAAUUUGUAAAGUUUACCUAUAAUAUUUGUUUUUCUUUUAUACUUGUUGAAAUUGUUUCAACUAGACUGAUUUUCCUUAUAUUGAGAUUUAAAUCUCAAAUAGUCGUAGAUAAAACAUUUGCAUUUAGAGUCUGUCAAAAAACGAACAAACAAAAACACACCUGUGUAUGUUAUUUUGAAAGUUUACCCAAAUGAUUAUAAUUAUAUAUUCGGUCUUGUUAAGGAGAAAACAAGAAGUAUAAUGUGCUAUUUUAUAGCAUGAAACUUUCGAUGUAAAAUUUUCUUCAAGUCAUUCAUGAUAGUCUUUAUAGCUAUUGGUCAUGCAUCCCUUGGUCGAAACAUUUGUUCAGUAAUGCUAUUAAGUCCAGUGACCUAAACGGGUCUCUUUUUUUCUAAGUUUGAUGAACUCCUUUGCAUUAGACCUCAGUCUAGAAAGUAUGGAGAAAUUUUUUGAAAUGUUGACUAUGUUUCAAUUAUGUACCAACGUAUGUUCCCUAGAAGAGAAAUUUUAUUUUUAGUCAUAUCUGUAAAUUUUUCCAAGUUACUACCGGCAAAUUUUAGUCUAAUGUAAAAUGUUUCUAUUCGUUGUUUGUAUAAAUGACGUUUUUAUAAUUUAAAUAAUUAAGCAUUUAAAAUGCUUCAUCGGUAAUUUUAUCUGUUACUUUAAAUCCCCAGGUUUUUUUCUUGUCAUUAGAAUGUACCAUCUGCUGGCAAAAACAGAGUAUUGCCAUAUUCUUAGCAGUUAACAGAAUGUGUUAUAAAAUACUUCAAAAGUACGCUAUGAACUUUAAGAUCCUCAGAAGACCUGUAAAAAUAAUGGUAAAAGAGAGAAACUUUAAAUUUAGACAAUAAUACUUAUUUUGACAAUAAAUUGUGCUAUCUUUUGAUUAUUUAAUUUAAGAAUGACCUAGGUUCUAUUUUUAAAGAAUUUUGAUGUCAUUAUCUGUGAUCUGAAGCCUGUUUUGAUCUUACUUAGUUUGUAAUUACGGUCAGUCUAGAACUGUCUCUGCAUGUGUAGUUGGUCAGUGGAGUGAAUUUGUCCCCCAUAAAAAUUGUAUUUGUCGGUGUCUUUGAAUACUCUCCUAGGAUUAUGUCUGGUGAAAUGCCAUUGUUGAAUUAAGCGCAAUAAUCCUCCUUAUUUUUUUAAAAAAAAUUAGCCAGCAGGAGUAGUGUAUACCUCUUAACAAGAAUGAUAAGGUACUACUGACAGUUGAAUGCUAAAUUUGCAGUUGCAAAGCAGUAAGUAGCGAAUUUUGCAAGCAGCAUUUAGCAGAAGCCUCUGUUAUUUAAAGAAACAAAAUCUUAGUGGAAGUUUCGUUCCAAAGUCAAAGAGUUAGAAAAUUUUGGAGCCAGGGAAAAGCAAAAAGAGUCAGGGAAGUGGAAAAUAAAGAAAGUAUGGAAACCCUGAAUUAAAGUUUGAUACGUUUGGCAGCAAAUUUUGGAUUUUCAUGUUAGUGACCCACGACAACCCUCUUUCAGAAGUUUGGACGAAUCUUCUAGGAGGAGCUUAAAAGUAGAAUGCAAACGUUGACGGCAAGUCAUAAGACCACAAAAUUAAGUUCUUGAUUAUUUUUCAUCUUUAGGAGGAGCCCUGUCUACAGGAUCCAAAAAUUUAAAAAAAUUCUCUCUCAAGAAUGUCACCAACCUAAAAUAAGCACACAGUUUAGUGUAAUGGAAACAAUUGUCGAUGUUAAUCAAAAUAUUCAUGAAUUUUUGACCAUCAGUUACUAAUUUCUUUUGACACUAUUUGAUAUCAAUGAAAAGCAGGCCUCAGGAAUAUGUACAUUUCAAAAAAUUUUUAAGCUUUUUGUACAUUUUUACAAGAGAAAACUUUUCCUGCUGGCUCCAUUAUUUUCCAUUCUGACAACCUUAAAAAAGAAAGGUCUUGAUUGUCCUAAAAGGAAUCACAUUCACUAUACAGAAAAAGAAAAAAAUUGUACAUAAGUGUAAGGUUUAAUCCAAGUCAAUUAAGAUUUAAGUUUUUCUGAAAAUUCUGCCCGAACUAAUCCCAUUUUACACUCAAAAAAAGAAGAAAGGAAAUUUUUUUCAAAAUAUGCCAGUGUUUUUUUUUUUUUUUAAAGAAAAAGAAAAAAUAUCCUCGAGUUUAUUAAUUUUCGUUUACACCUUCAAUUAGCUGGAACCUUUGAGUGUUAUUCAAAUUUUUGUUAGCGUACAAAAUACAACAUAUAAAUGACAAAACAUUUUGUUUUGACACAAAGUUUAAUUUGAUUAAGGAAGUUUAAUGUAAAACUGUAGUCACAAGUAUAAAGCAUUUGUUGAUUUUUUCAUUUAAUAUUUUCGUCUUCAUUAAUUUAUUGAGGUUCGAUAAUAAGUUCAACCCACAGACUCCUAUCUAAUGAGAUUUAGGCCUUUUUAACUUUUGACUCUCCCAAGGCAAAGCGGUCAAUUUGUUCAUAAGAAUCAUACUUCGUAUUGGCACUAAUAUUCUAAUUACCUCUGCUCAACACCAGAAGUUCUUUCAUUUGAAAAAAAGUUGAGAUUGAAACAUUACUGAAUCGACAAGUCUCAAAAAGACCUAAGCACCUAAGAUGGGAAUGCAAGAAAAACUGUGAAAAAUGUUUUAAACUACCUACCCAUACUGGAUCUCAGAGCGCUAAAAUAUCAAAACGAUGAAUUAAUUGAUUAUCAUAUUAUUAGGUUUAAACUGGGUCGAUUUAUACAUUUUCUACUGUUUUUCUUAUUUUCACUUUGGUGCUUCAAUUUUUUUGAGGAAGAUUGAUUCAAUUACCUUGUACUUUCCAUCCGCAAGUAUUCCAUGCGUAUUAUAAGAGAUGAAAGGAAGUCGAAAUUUUAAGCAGUCAACGGGAGUUAACUAAAUGUGUUUGUUAAGGAUGAGUGUAAUCAGCAAUUAAUAAAAACUCAAUUUUUAAUGUGAAACAGGCACUACAUCUCUCAUUUAAGCUUCCAUUUAUCGUUGUACAUUGCUUGUAGUCAGAGGAAAGCAAAUUUGUAUCAAUUAAAAUAAAAUGGCUCAUUCAGAACUUAUUCUUUUUCAUGAUAUUCAGGAAAAACUACGAAAAGUAAAUCUGAAAAUUACAUCUGAAGCUUGUACGCCUCAAGAAAUGACAGUACCAGUGUUCUGCCUUCUCCAGGCGGCAUGAGCCAAAAAAUCGAGCUCUUGCACCUAUAAAUUGGGGAGCCGGGCCAUCGUAGCGCCUAAUGGAGUUCACGCACCCAAAUUUUUCAAACUCGCAAUCAUGAAGCAGCUGUAGCUCAUGAUGCGUGUGCCAAAAGUUAUUUUGGCUCUCAAAUAAUUUUCGAUGGUUCCUAAAAAUUGGUCUUUCCGGCCAAUCCAAUAAGGCUCCUAAAAUUUUAGGGGGAGGGCAGAGCACUGAACAGCACAGUUCACAGUUAGGAAAAUUACCAGUUCCUCUCCAUUAUUCCAGUUCUUGUGUAGAAUGUGCGCUUAUGAAGAUUAUGAAGUUUCAAAGUCCAGUGGUAUCAACUUCGUAAGAAUCCAUGAGUAAUUUCAGUUUCCAUGUUUUCCGGGGAGAAAAAAUCCACUCUUUCGAAAUGAUUUACAAGACUGAUCAUAUGAUUUCCAGGAUUUUUCAGAAAACGAAUCUUUUCCAAAGUAAGAAUGUCGUAAUAUACGUUUAACAGUAGUCUGCUUGUACAACAAAUUUUUCUUCGUUGGUUUCUGUUAUUUUUUUUCAAAUUUUAUCAAAUAGUGAUAAGGUAGGUUUAUUUAGUAUCUAAAUUAUCGGUGUUUUCAGGCACCCUGCAUUCAUCAAAUACUGUGAUGUCACCUCAGUCGUGAUCUGUAGUUGAAUUUUGCCAAGAACCCCUUAAUGCUGACCUAUCCUCUUGAUGUGGUUGCGGAUUGCAUCUCCCAAUGUUUUCACUAAAUUCUAGUUAAAAUUCAUCGAAGAAUGCCGUUAAAAGACCUCAGCAGGCUAAUCGUUUAAUUGUUUUGUUUGUGGAUUGGACAAGAAAAGACGAAGGUAAAAUGCAAUAAUGGGAUCGUUCAGUUGCAUGGCUCUUUGAUAUUUCAUUCUCUUUCUCCAGUCUUAUUAUUCAUAAGCCAAGAGCAACCUUCCAGUGACCGACAACCAUUAGAUAAUCUGUCUUAACAAAGUCAAAAUCAAAAGCGUGUAUGCAACAGACUGACAACCUCUUCAUCUUAGUUUCCUUUUGUCCAAUCAACAAGCAAAAUCUAAUGGUCAGCUUGCAGUCGUGCUUUAGGUCCUCCACGGACUUUUAAUUUUCAAUUUAAGUACUUACUUUUGUCUACAACCAGAAAAACUGCACAACUUCAUUUGAUCAUUACUUAACUUCAAAUACCUAAAAAGAGAGAUUGUCUCUUAUACUGCACUUCUUUUGGGAAAUUUUUCAGUUGAUUAUUCCUUGAAAAUUUUGUCAGUUACAAGUUGAAUAAUCUCUCUGAUAACUUCAUGACAGCAUUCAUCAUCAAAAUUUGGAAGAACUUUUGCUAUCUGGGUAUGAUGUCUUAGAAAUAGCAAGUAAUGUAAUAAUAGUUACUAAGAAGGGAGCGCUAUUUUUCUGAACUAAAUAAUCCCCUUCCCUCCAUUUAUUGAACAUACCUAAUGAUCCCAGUCCACUUACUUAAGUAUGCCAAUUUAGUUGAAAUUCUGUAUUCAUUGCCUUUUGUUUUUGAUUAUAUUUUUAAUCAUGUUUUAUUCGGAAUAAAGCUCUGGACUUUUGAAAAUUAAAA